AUGAGUAGCCCCAAGCGCAGAAUUGAGACAGAUGUUAUGAAGCAAGAGUUCUACGUGCGCUUCAAGGGCCCAGAGGAGACACCCUUCCAAGGUGGCCAUUGGAAGAUCCACGUCGAGCUGCCGGAUCAGUACCCAUACAAGAGCCCGAGCAUCGGGUUCGUUAACCGAAUCUUCCAUCCUAACAUUGACGAGUUAUCCGGGUCCGUUUGUUUAGACGUUAUCAACCAAACAUGGUCUCCUAUGUACGACAUGAUCAAUAUUUUCGAAGUUUUUCUUCCGCAGCUCCUACGUUACCCCAACCCUUCAGACCCCUUAAAUGGCGAAGCCGCUGCCAUGUUGAUGCGGGAACCAAAGAGCUACGAAAUUAAAGUGAAAGAGUACGUGGCAAAAUACGCCAGCAAAGAUGCUGUGGACGAUGCUGGGGAAGACACAGAGUCUGAAGACGAAUUGAGCUCUGCCGGUAGCUAUGAGUCGGACGGAGAGGAACCGGCGGGGAGACUGGACGAUGUUUGA